ACUUUGCAUUUACACCCCAAAGCUACAGCACUUUGUGUUUUCUGUAUAGAAAUAUAUCUCUAUAUUUUAACACGCCACCGUCCGUUACAUGUCACCGUGUCCGUAUCGGUCUGUUGUUCUGUGAAGACCUAACGAAGCUUCCGACGAGUUAAACUCUGUUUGAUUCCUUCGCGGAAACAACUUUGUUGCUGCAGGGAGUCCGUUUUUUCCUCCUCGCCCUCAGCUGCGUUUCCGACAUGAGAUCAGGUGGAUAGUGUGUUGCCGUGCCUGUGACUAAAAGUUUGAUGAUAGGCCACAGCUGCCACAGCCGCCAUCAUGUUCACCAAAAAGAAGAAGUCUCGUAUCCAGAUCUCCGCUCCAUCCAACUUUGAGCAUCGCGUACAUACAGACUUUGACGAGCAGGAGCAGAAGUUUGUCGGGUUGCCGCGGCAAUGGCAGUCACUUAUCGAAGACACAGCCAGAAGGCCAAAACCCUUUAUCGACGUGACUGUCAUCACUACUGUAGAGCCACGCAAGACAAUUGUACGUGGCAGCAAGCUUGGAGUGGAUGGCUCUCUGACCUGGCUGUUGGAUGAGUUUGACACCAUGUCUGUGACUCGCUCCAACUCCCUGAGACGGGGCAGCCCUCCCAUCCAGCCUCGCAAGGACUCUAGUUCUUCAGUAGGGGGGCAGGAGAACGGAGAUCCUCACCACAGACACUACUCACACCCAGACAAAGACCGACUCAGGUCAGACCACCACCACAGUGGAGGUGACCCCCGUCAGGGUCAGCGCGCACUCCGCCCUCCUCAGUGGGAUGAGGGAGUCCAGGGUCGGCCCCAACAGCAGCCCCGGGGCCAAGAGCCCAGCAGGGCCCACAGGGACAGACCAGGCUCCGGCCCUCCUCCUCCCCCUCACAGGGACAGAGAGCCUCGAGACCGGGACCAGGUGGAUCAACCCAGUGACCACAGGCCAAAGUCCAGCUACAUGGUGCGGGAUGGCAGCCCUCAGUCUCCCAGGGACAAGAGGCCUCUCUCUGGGCCCAACAUCCGUACUCCAAACCUGCCAGUAACAGAGGGGGUCAUGAAAACUGCCCAACAGACCACACGGCCAUUUAACACCUACCCAAGGACGGACAGCGAGGGCGGACGCAGCCCCACAGGACAGCCGGUUCGACAUCAUGAAUCCUCCCCUCAAAAUGGCCCUUCUAGUGGCUCCUCACGAGCUUCCUCUGGCUCCAAGCCCCCUGUAAGCCACCCGCACCCUCAUCACACCUCCCACCCCAGCCUGACCCCUGAGGCCACCCAGCAACCACACACCCCUCACCCCAACGUUCCAGCCCCACGACCCCCUGUGCCCUCUGGGCCCCCAGCAUCAGGUGCUCCGUCACAGGGCCGCUCACCGCAGAGGGAGCCCCAGAGGGUUUCCCAUGAGCAGUUUAGAGCGGCGCUACAAAUGGUGGUGGAUCCUGGCGAUCCUCGGACCUACCUGGACCACUACAUUAAGAUAGGGGAGGGGUCCACGGGAAUUGUGUGCAUCGCCACGGUGAAGACCACCGGGAAACUGGUCGCCGUGAAAAAGAUGGACCUGAGGAAACAACAGCGCAGAGAACUUCUCUUCAACGAGGUGGUGAUCAUGCGGGACUACCACCAUGAGAAUGUGGUGGAGAUGUACAACAGCUACCUGGUGGGAGACGAGCUCUGGGUUGUCAUGGAGUUCCUGGAAGGAGGAGCUCUCACUGACAUUGUGACACACACCAGGAUGAACGAGGAGCAGAUCGCCACAGUGUGUCUGUCUGUCCUGAAGGCGUUGUCUGUCCUCCACUCACAGGGUGUGAUCCACAGAGACAUCAAGAGUGACUCCAUCCUCCUCACUCAUGAUGGCCGCGUGAAGCUGUCAGACUUUGGUUUCUGUGCCCAGGUGUCUAAGGAAGUGCAAAGAAGAAAGUCUCUGGUGGGAACACCAUACUGGAUGGCACCAGAGCUCAUAUCCAGACUGCCCUAUGGACCAGAGGUGGAUAUCUGGUCUCUGGGUAUCAUGGUCAUAGAGAUGGUGGACGGGGAGCCACCGUACUUCAAUGAGCCGCCGCUCAAAGCCAUGAAAAUGAUCCGAGACAACCUGCCUCCCAAACUGAAGAACCUGCACAAGGUCUCCCCUCUGCUCAAGGGCUUCCUAGACAGGAUGUUGGUGAGAGACCCGGCUCAGAGGGCCUCAGCCAGUGAGCUUCUCAAACACCCCUUCCUGACGAAGGCGGGUCCGCCGUCCUGCAUCGUCCCCCUGAUGAGGCAGAACAGGAUGAGAUGAGAUAUGUGACACCAAGACCUCCAGACUCUGGAGGGCAGCGUGUGCAGGUUCAGAUGGAACAGAAUACUCCUGCACACAGAGGGGUGGCCCACAGAGGUCAGAGGUCACAGAUAAGAGGUCUGUGCUUCGGGCAAAACCCUCGGAAAGAUCUGUGAGCUGCAGAGUGUAAACUGGAUGUGCAGGAGUAUUCUAUUUUUUUCUUAUGUGAAUCACUGAACUGUGGGGAGUGUAUUCUUUUAAUAAGAGGCAAUAAGAUGGUGUGUGUGUGUGUGGGUGUGUGUGUGUGUGUAGAUGUAUGUUGGUAGCACUGUUAAUGACAGUGUUUCAUGGCAUAUGUGAGAGCAAAGAAGCCACAACUUGCCUGUCGUGUGAUUUUUGCUGAUUUCAUUUGAACAUUCAGUUUUAAUCGAGGACCUGGAACAAUAGUGGCUGUUUUUAUUUUUCCAUUUGGACCUUACCUGGAUUUCAAGUGUGAUGGUGGGGUUUUGCACGCCAGUCGGAUACUUUGAAGGAGCCCUGAGCCCAUUGGCUGAUUUUAGAGACAGACGGAGCGCCAUUCUAAUCUCGCUCUUUGACGGUCUGGAAGCUGAAUUUUCUCACUACAAAGAUUUCUCUCGCGGAUGGAUCCCAGACUCAGACACUAUCCUCAUCACACCCAGAACCUACUACUGAGGGAGGAAAUCUUUUGACUCAAAUGAUUCAGACAAACUUUGUUUUGUAGCCAUAUAAACACUAGCUUCCUGUUGUAAACAAGCAAACAUACACUAAGUCGAAAGGUAAACACUGGAGUUGUGUUUUUUUUAAUUCCCUCUUAUUUUCCUGUGUAAGUACAAUGAACAUAGAGAGAUAUAUCAGUUUUGAUGUUUUGCUAUCUCUAUUUUGUGAUUGUUUUAUUAUUAUUAUUAUUAUUAUAAUGAUUUGUUUCCUGGUUUAUUUUAGAGAGAGAUGUGAUGAUUUUUGAAGCACUGUCAAUGAGAGAUAGAAGCUGCACUCCCGCUUGAUUCCAGCGCACAGAUAAUAGACACUAGAUUUUUUUUGUUUUUGGACCAGACCAGACACUGACCUGUUUUACAGAAAUAUUAAGAGACAACAAUACCAACCCUUAAAACUGACUGGGUAUAAAAUCUUGACAAAGCACAUACAUUUCAUACACUUUUUAACAUGUUUUCUUUUAAACAGCUGCGUUUUCUGAAGGGUUUUUAUAAGAGAAUGCUUCCCCAACCCUUUUGUUAACCUUAAAGGAACACUUUACCCACAAAAUGACCAUUUGUAUAUCAGUCAUACCAUGUUACCUUGAAUUUGUGAAGAAAACAUUUUUUCUCACAUGCCUCCACAGAAAACAGUGAACAUACAUGGUCAUUUAAUUAACAAUUUCAGCUAAUAGAACUUCACAAUCUAAUGGUUCUUCUUUGGUAUUUUGACUUUUUUUUUUCUUUGGUCAAUUCUGAACCCAGAGUACUUCAUGCUGAUCUGCCACUCCUUGACAAUGAACACACACACACUUCUGGAUGCUCUCUUAUGUCACUUUUUGUCCCACCCAACUAAACAAACUGACAUUUUUUGUAUGUUUUAGCACACUCACUGUUCUAGUUAUCGUGUACUUUUCUACAACCCUGAUGCCAAAAAAAAGUUGGGAUGCCAUGUAAAACGUACAGAAAAACAGAAAGCAAUGAUUUGCAAAUCCUUUGAUAACAUGAUAAACUUUAUUUUUUCUGUAAAUUUACACUCAUUCUGAACUUGAUUCCUGCAACAUGUUCGUAAAAAGAAGGGCCAUGGGCAACAAAAGACUGGGAAAGUUGUGGCACGCCCAAAAACCAGCCUGCUCUCACCGAAAAAACGGCAACAUAGGUCGACGUUGCAAACAGCUUAUUAUGACCCAUACUUAGAUUUACUGUAAGGUGGCACCCUCUAGCAGCCAUAAUUAAUAUUACAGGACCAAAGACUGCAUAAUGUUGUACAGUAUUAAGGAAGCCCCCACAGGGUGGGCAGGAAAACACAGGACUUUCAUUCAGGAGACUGGUGUUCAUGUCCUGAAGUCACCAUGGACUUAUUUUAAUAACAAUAAUGACAACAUAGCAUAGUAUGCUAGUACGUGUAGCAUGCUACGUUAGUGACAUCUGUGAUGUGUUGUAAUUGGUGACAAAAAGUUUAUUUAGUUUAUCACUUUGAAAAUUAAAUAUCUUGUCUCUACUGUAUUUGGUUGACUUUUCAUACAGUUUAACAGCAUCCCACCUUUUUUGGAAUUGGGGUUGUACAUACAUAUACAUACGAAACUGCAGCUGUAGAUGCACUGUACUCCUGCUGAGUUCAACUUGUGGAUUCUCCAGGAGAAAAUGGAGAAGCCAGUGACUGAGAGGCCUUGUACCAAGUGUAGGAUGUAGGUAGGACGUACUCAACACUAAUAGAGUUUGUUUUCUUACAUUGUUGAUCAUUCCUGCAAAGCACAGCUAGCUGUGGUGUGAAGAUAAUGAUGUGACCACAAACUAAAGUCACUGUUAAUGAUUUUUGAUGCUGUGCUGUGUAGCUACACUUCUUGGAAGAGGUAAAAAACAACAACAACAAAAAAUGUGCGUAAAAGCAGCAGUACCCUUCAGUGAAUACUUUCUGUAACUUCAAACUGCAGUUGCAUUAUCACGUAUUUGGACUCAUAGAUUCAUAAAAACACUACUAACAUUGCCCUCAGUCUGUUUUCCAACCAGUAGGAGGAAAGAAAAUGUAACAGACUCACUGUGUUUUGGACAGUUGCUGCUGGUAAAUUUGCUUUGCUGCCUUAAUACAUGCGCACACAAGCAUGACUGCAUGCCUUGCCUGAGGGGAGGGUCUUACAAGUCAAAACAAGUUUGAUUGAUUGGAGUCAAUUUUUCCUGACUACAGUGACCACUCGCUGUAUUCUGGACUGUUUUGAACUCACGGCAUCCUGGACAGCAGGCAUUUCUAAUGCUUUACUAAACGUUAUAUAUAUUUUUUUGUUACUUCAAAACACUAACAGGUAGUUAUUCUCCAUUUUUUGACAGCCGUCUGUCAUGUCUGGCAGAGAGAUGUUACUUCAAAGUAGGGCUGGGUGGUAUGUCAAAAUUUUCAUAGUACGUUUUUUUAAAAAAAAUCAUCGCUUUCACAAUAUUUGAUGGUAUUUUGCUCGGGUUCGGCCCGCUUGACAUGCUGCUGUGUUGUGCUAUGGCCUAUUCAAGUGCUGGGAUUUGACUCUCUCUGACAGCCAUUCUCGCCUCUAAACUUUUCUCUAUGCUCGCACUCUCGCCGGCUCUAGCACACCCGUGGUAUGCAGCGGUGAAAUGGGUCCCCGCUGAAACACUUUACCACUGCGCAUGUUCCAGACAUUGUUUAGGCUAUUCACCAGUAUUGCGGUAUAUGAAAAAAUCAUAUCAUAACGAAAAUAAAUACCGAUUUUCGUUACGAACUGGUAUACCGCACAGCCCUACUUUAAAGGUGGAAUGACUUUAGAAAAGGCCAGCCCUAAAACACUCUCUGCCCAUUUGAGUUUUUUUGUAUUUAUUGAGCCUUAUCUUGAUUAACAUUACUAUGAAAAUAGUAUUUUGCAGACACAGGCUCUCUCAUUUCUGCAUCUUCCGGUCACAGAAUCCUCCCCACCUGCCAUAUUCGUUUAGCCACAGGCGUACAUUGAACACUCGCUGUGAUUUCUCCCAAAUCAAUGAAGGAAGGAAAAAUGAUGAGACCUUUAUGUAUUUGAUUUGUGACCUGGAAGUAUUUAUUGAGUUUCAGUGUCUGGAAUACUGUCCAAAACACAGUGAGUCUACCUUAGCGUCCACUUCCUAAAAACAUGUACUCUCAAGUUUGCUUGCAUGGGCUGGAGCAGGUUUGAGACACUGUAGUCUGAACAUGGGUUAAUCAUAAACUUACUUGUUUUCUUCAAAAACAUUCUCUCAGAAGAAAUUUGUGGUGUUUUCACGUUCUUCGUCUUCUCAGCUGAUGUCUCUGGAUCUUUUUUGUGUGUGUGCGUGUGCAUGUGUGGGAAGAGCCUGUAAUGACUCACAGAUUAUGAAACGUGUUGUGAUGUUACAAGUUUAUAAUCAGAGACGUGAUAGCUGAGUUGAGUGACAAUCAGGUGUAGUCGAGGUAAUCCAGUUUGGGCUGUGAAUUUUAUUAGUUUUUCUUUUUCAGGCAGAAUUUUAAAUUAGAAUAUUGAUCCCACAUGAAUCUUUUAAAUCUGCACAUAUUGGUUCAUCACUGACUUACUAUGUUUAGAGAGAACUAUAAACACUUGUUUUGGAUUUACAACAAAUACACUUUAUACUGAAGGUGCAAACUUCUCCUCCAACUAAAUGCUGGCAAAUUCAGCCCUGUGUGGUCUUGAGAGGUGGCUGGUGGAAUGGUGAAAAUGACCAACUAAUAUUGGGACUUAGAAAUUUGACAGAAAAUUAGGACAAACUAUAGGGAAAAAAUUAUAAUCUGAGAUAUCAUGAAUUAAGUCAUAAUCCUGAGAAAAGAAAGUUCACGAAAAGGUGUACUGAGAAAGAGAAACCUGAUAACAGUUAUAUAUGUUGCAUCAGGAGCAAAAUGUGGUUUUGCCAACCUAGUGACCAGAAUAAAUGUUGUCAUUGUACUUUUCUGCAAACCAUGGAUAAGUUAUUGUACAUUUCAUAUGUAGUGGAUAGUGGUAGUGGUUGAAACUUAAAGUUUCAGUUUUCAGUGUUGUGAUAAUGCUGACACACACACACACACACACACACACACACACAAAACACCAGGGCCAUGUUUACACCUUGUAUCAACACACAUCCUGUGUGAUAGUAUCAUCCAGGAUGCAUUGAUAUGACUCCAGUGUGUCUUGAGGUCUGAAUGCUCAGACCACAUUCAGAGAUUGUCUGAGUGAUCAGAUCUCAGCUCUGCAGUGUGAACGCUUAUAUGUCCUGGGCCACAUUGAACCAUGCCCUUGAUUAUGUCACAGCCCACCAGAUAAUAUAACUUCUUCAUCGGCCGUUUGCCAAUGUUUGGCUGUCGCUAAGCUUCUGUUGCCCCCGGUCUUUGUUGUGUCCUGCACAGUUUGCCCCUCGUCGGUCCUAGUUUUUAGUUCAGCAUGUUGAAUUGAUGUCAGAGACGGCACAGCCCGUUGGUAUUUUAGAUCACUCUGAUUGGCAGUUCAGCUUAGUGCACAAAAGGAGAAAUGGAAGUGAGGAAAGUAAACAAACAGCUAAAGUCAAGAGGGCGUUAGAUGUACAUGCUGGUUGGCUGUUGGCUGUAGUCUUUGCAGUGUGUUCAUGUGCAAAUAUUUGGCCGAGACACAGUGACGUGAGGUGACACAACAGUCAGCUUUUGUUGCCACAAGUUCUUUGAUGUUGGUUUCGUGUGUCUUGGCCUUGACACAAACGCAGAGCUGGAGGACCAUCUCUGGAGCCACUCGCAGUGAACAGCCGGUUUACUGGUUCAGGUGUGAACAAACAGACAGAGCUGUCCAACUGUGAUCGGACCACUGAGGACACAUGUUGAUACCAGGUGUAAACAGGAUUAGGGUUAGGGAAGCAUCAUGUUUUGGCCUAAAAUACCCAGUUGGGUCGUUACAAACACAGGUGGAUGUGUCAUGAACUGUCCUGCUUUUACUGGUCUUUAACAGUUGUCUGCUGCUUGGCGGCCAUCUUGCUUAGGUGUCACAUCAUCCACCAUCCUCUCCAUCUCCUGAUGAGAAACUCACAUACAUGUAACCUGAACUAUGUCACUUAAGAAACGUUUUAUUACAUAUGCAACGUACAAAUACAACAUAUCUUUGGUUUGCAGAAAGGUACAAUGCCAACAUUUUAUUCUGGUGACUGGGCUGCGUUUUUCUUAGAUGACUAUUUUUAACUUUUGUUUUGAGCCCGCUGUGCUCCAGCUGCUGCCUUCAAACAAAUCCGGUCAUUGAUCCAUAUGUCAUGCACCCUAACUGGUUUCAUUUUUAUGUCAGUAUCCUUAAAACUGUUAUAUUAAGGUGUUUAUUGGUGAGACCUGCAACUCCAGGUUAUCAAAUGUACCCACAUAUAAAAGACACAGACUGGUAUUAGUUGUUUAAUGUCUCAAAAUAAUGAAUUUUUCUCAAUGUCUCAGUGAUUUUUUUUUAACCUUUCUCUCCAAAUAUUGCAAGUUUUUCUCAAACCAUCUUUACUGUAUUCUUUAUUUUCCCUAAUGUUGGCCCUAAUACUCAGUUACAUACAUUUAUAUAUGAGCCAUUUUGGUGUGUUGACAAGAGGUUUUUCUUGUCUCUUGUCCUGCCUGCGUAGUCCCAACUUUGUGUUAUUCCUUUAUUGGUUUAUCUUUUAUUUCAUCAUUAUCAUUCCUGCUGAGAUCACUUUAGAAUGAGGAUUUUCCAGGGUUUGCCUCAAAGUCUGCGUUCUUCUCACCUGCUCCAGAACUUCCAAAAGUUUUCUGUUGAUUCCUUUAUUAGUAGCCAAUGAGCAGCUCUGUGCAGCUGUUCAGGGUUUAGUGCCUUGCAUAGCGAAAUCUUGGCAAACAUUUUUAGGGAUUGUUUGGUUGAGUGAGUUUUCUUGAUUUUGGGGGUAAAAAAAAACUCUGCAGGACUUGCAUCUGGUUUCCACAGUGACCAUGUGGUUACUGAGGCUCAUUGACCACUACUGACCAACCAGCCUGUGCUAUACAAUAUGUGACAAUUAUGAUUCUCACUGACUCGCUUCUUUUUGUUAAAAGCUGAUUGUGUUGCAGUAUUGACAUGUUUCAACAAACAUCAGGUCCCAACGACUGUUCCUGCAUCAUCUUGUUUUUGUAAAUUUCACUGGUAUUGUAAAAAAAAAAAAAAAUAGACUUCACUUUGCAUUUUUUUUUCAAAUACAGAUUUUGUAAAAGUCA